UAGGAUUUGCCAUGCUUGCUCGUCAUCCUCGCCGCCAGGGGCGAGCCCACGUUAGCCCAGCAGGUAGCACAGGACACCGGCCCAGCGCCCCAGGCCCCAGCCUAGGAUGAAAGCCACGGAGGCCCAGUCCAGCCUUUCCAGGGAUGCGAGCAGUACAUCGAUCGAUCGAUACUGCCUUCGGCCGGCCCUUCGCCUCGCCUGUUCGUCUGCUCGACUGCGCUUCAUGCCCUUCCUAUUUCGCCUCUGUACUCGCCACCUAUCGGCAGAUCGCGGCAAGUCGCCGAAUCAGUGAAGAAAAGAAGGCAUAGGUACCCUGCAUCUGAUCCCCAAUUUGAUGUGCCUCUGCCUCAGCCUCUAUUUAUAAAUCUUGAUCUAAUUACUGCUUUGUUUCCCUAACCCUAGGGAAUUAGGGGUACUCGAUAAUACUAGAGAUUUUGGCUGUAUUGGGUAAUUGGACUAUUUGAGAUCAGGGUGUUUGAGAUAAUUGUGCAACCAGUGGAGACGGCUGGAAGCACCGGCACCAUGUCAAGAGAGGCUCAGUUCAUGGAAAGGUUUCUAAAAAAGAGGAGAACCUCGGUGCAAGAUGAAAAUGUUGGUCCGUCACACGAAAAUAAUCAGAAUGAUGGCUCGGUCCCGACACAAUCGGAUAGACAAAUUGAUGCCUCAACACAUGAACAGAUUGAUGUUCCGACCCCGCCAUCAUCACAUGGACAAAAUGAUGCCUCCACACAUGAACCUAGUUCUGCUAAUACUACAAGAAAUUCCUUUGAAGUUGAAGAGCUCAAUUGGGAAGAAGAAAUUCAAUUUGAUCCAGGUAAAAGGAGAAGCAUAGAUGAGUACCAUCCGAAUCAGAGAGAUAUGGUAAGAAGGAAGUAUUUGGCCAAUGGCCCUUCUCAACCUCGUACUGCAGAUUUUGAAGUGACAGAAAUAUGUGGUAAAGAUAGAAGGUUCGUUCGGGAAUGGUUUGAUGAGUUUGAGAGCUGGCUUGAGUAUAGUGAGUCCAAACGAAAAGCAUAUUGUUUUUGUUGUUUCUUGUUUAGACCGCACAAGAAGAAAGAAGCUGGAUAUGAUGCAUUUGUUGCAAAUGGUUGGUCAAGUUGGAAUAAGAAAUAUAGAUUAAGGGAGCAUGUAGGAGACAUCAAUAGUGCUCACAACCAAGCAAAAAGAGAUUGUGAUGCUUUGCUGAAACAAAAGCAACACAUUUAUGUUGCUCUAAACAACCAAAGUAACGCUGAGAGGAAUGCUUAUUAUACUCGACUAAAUGCCUCAAUUGAUGUUACUAGAGUGUUACUGAAGCAAGGGUUGCCUUUCCGUGGCCACGAUGAGUCUGACGAGUCUCUCAAUAAAGGCAAUUUCAAGGAAUUUCAUGCUUAUACAGCGGAGCAGAAUCCAGAGGUAAAAAAAGUUGUGGCCCAUAAUGCUCCAGGUAAUAAUCAGUUGACUUCUUCAAAGAUUCAGAAGGACAUAGUUGAAUGUUUUGCAAAGGAGAUAUUGCAUUCUGUUCUUCGGGAAAUUGGCAAUGAUGUAUUUUCUUUGCUGGUUGAUGAGUCAAGGGAUGUGGCUGGUAAAGAGCAAAUGGCGGUGGUGUUGCGGUAUGUUGGUAAAUGUGGAAGUGCCAUAGAGACAUUAGUUGGCCUUACUCAUGUGAAGGAGACAACUUCCAAGUAUCUCAAGUCUGCCAUUGAUGAUUUAUUUGCAGAAUAUAAGUUAAGUUUCAAGCAAGUUAGAGGGCAAGGAUAUGAUGGUGCGAGCAAUAUGAGAGGUGAGUUUAAUGGCUUGCAAUCCUUAAUCAUGAGAGAGAAUAGCACAUCAUAUUAUGUUCACUGUUUUGCACAUCAGCUUCAGUUAGUUGUUGUGGCUGUUGUUCGGAAGCACAAAUGCAUUGGUAAUUUUUUUGAUAUGAUCUCAUUCUUGUUGAAUGUGGUCUCUGGAUCUUCAAAGAGAAAGGACUUGAUUCGAGACAAAUAUAAAGAACAAGUGUGUGAAGCUUUAGGUUGUGGACUACUAAAAAGUGGUACAUGAUUAAAUCAAGAACUAGCUCUUCAAAGACCCGGAGACACUCGAUGGAGUUCUCACUACAGACUCUUAAGAGUUUGAUUGAUAUGUUCCCUACAGUUGUCAAAGUGCUAGAAUAUGUGGAAGAAGAAGACAAGGAUGACACAAAUAGAAGGCAGGCAUGUGGUCUUCUUGUUUAUUUCCAGUCUUUUGAUUUUGUGUUCUACUUACAACUUAUGUCAACUAUAUUGAUAAUCACAAACACAUUAUCAUUGGCCCUACAACGCAAGAAUCAGGACAUUGUGAAUGCCAUAAAUUGUGUGAAUUCAACCAAAGCCUCCUUGAAUGAUCUAAGGGGAAAUGGAUGGGAAUCUGUCCUACAAGAAGCAUAUGUCUUUUGUGACAAGCAUGACAUUUCCAAGUUGGAAAUGGAAGACCAAUAUGUGAAUACAAAGAAGCCACGACAAAAAACAGGUAUCACUAAUAGGCAUCAUUAUGAAGUGGAUUGUUUUAAUGAUGUUAUUGAUUGGCUGCUUCAAGAACUUGAUAAUCGCUUCAAUGAGAAAAAUUCGGAACUACUUGUUUGCUCAGCGGCUUUGAGCCCAAAUGAAUCAUUUCGUGAUUUCAACUUAGAGCAUUUGAUGAGUCUAGCUAAACUUUAUCCAAAAGAUUUCGAUGAUGGAGAACUGAGGGACCUUAGACAUCACCUUCAUCUUUACAUUGCCGAUGUCCGAGCAGAUGAUCGCUUCUCUGGUUUAAGUAAUAUUUGUGAGCUCUCUCAAAAAAUGGUGGAGACAAAAAAACAUAUUGUCUAUCCCUUGGUUUAUCGACUUUUGAAGCUAGCACUAGUAUUGCCUGUUGCCACUGCUACAGUUGAGAGAUCUUUUUCAGCUAUGAGAAUUGUGAAGACAUAUUUGCGCAAUCGUCUUGGUGAUGACUCCUUGAAGUACAACCUUAUUUGUUAUGUGGAGAAAAGCGAAAUGAGGAAGGUUACUAAUGAUGCGGUAAUUGAUCGUUUUGAAGCCAUGAAAGAACGUAGGAAACCAU